AUGAGAACAGUCGAGUGCGGAACACACGUUUGUUUCGUUGGCGUCGGGUCCGGGGUUGGCGAUGGUGCCGCCGGGGAGCGGCGCGGCUCGGCUGCGGCGGGGCGUGGGCUCGCGGUCGCGGGCGUCGCAGCGCGGUCAGCGGGCGCAGUGGGCGCAGCGGCGCGGCGCGGCCAUGGCGGCGGCGGCGGCGGGUCGCGCACUGCCGCCGCCUCGCCCGCCGCCGCGCGCCGCUCGCGCCGCGCACGCGCCCGCCGCGCGCGGAUUGAUCAGCCGGGCCCGCGCGGCCGCGGAUCUAUUAUCGACGCGGCGUCGCUCGUUCGCACGGAUCGCGUCGGCAACGGGCGCGGAUUCGAUUGGCGCGGGCCAUUCUUCGACGCCGACGACGGCUCGGAACGACCGCGGCGAAUGCGUUCACCCUGUCCGAGGGGGACACUACCGAUUGGUGCGAACGUGCAGGAUAUUUGUAACUUCUGCCAAAUAUUGGUAAAUCAAAAAAAAAAAAUAUUGAACAACUACCCGAUUUGCAAACCUUUCUCCUCUAAAGGGUGUGGGUUCGAUCCACACUAC